GGGUGCAAGGCAAGGAAAUUUGCUGUAAAGAGCUCACAAAACCUGUUAAAUGUUCUAGUGACCCUCUAUGUCAAAAACUCUGUAUGGAGAAGGAGAAAUAUGAAGAUGGUCAUUGUUUCACAAUCCUAAGGAAGUGCUUAUGCAUGAAGAGAUGUAAUGCUAAAACUCUCGCAACAGAACUGCUUGAUUGAAGAGUUCCUCAAGCAGUAAUUAAAUUUGAUUAUGGAUUUAGUGUCACACAAAAUUAAAUAAAUAAAGUGUUGCCUUUCUUAAAAGGGUAACUUAUAAUGUUGUGUUCUUGGUGUAUAGUAGCCAUUUGACACAUUAAAUUAAAGUUGUGACACAUCAUUCCUUCAUGUAUCUUCUAUUAAGUUUGUGUGUUUUAAUGAAAAGAGAUCGUUUACGGUCUAUAUGUAUGAAA